CCUCCUCAGCCUCGCCCGCUCCCGCCGCACCUUCAAGACCUCGAGGACGCCCUCACCCGCAAACUCGACGACCUCGACAACUACCAGGUCCCGCAACUCGCAUCCUGCCACGGCCCGCUCGCCUUUCACCACGAACUCGCCGCCGCCGUCCGCUCCGAACUCGCUACCUCUCGCAGGGACAUCGAGGCACGUCCUCCACCUUCUCCCCCCUCUCUCUCUCGACGUAGUCUGACCCGCGACGACCUUCCACGCAGGAGUUCAAGCUCGAGCUCGACCAAGCUCUACCGCCAAGCCGUCGUCACCUCGAAGCGCCAGAUUGACGCCUACGGCCACCUCGCCGCACGCGAUGAGCUCCUCGCGCCCGCCGCCGACUCGUCGGGACGUGCUGCGUCGCCCGGUCCCGCCGACGAUGCGCUCAUGUCGGCCACGUCGGACGUGACCGAGGGCUUGCGGCGCACGCUCCAGCUCAUGCAGCAAGAAGUCGACCGCUCGCUCUCACUCAAGUACCCCUUCGCCCCGACAGAGUCGCAAACCAAGACGAUGGAGCUCACCUCGAACCAGUACUCGACCCUGUCGUCGCUCCUGCACACGUCGCGCGCCCUCAUCACGGCCCUCGAGCGCUCG